AUUGCUUCCAUCUUUGCUUUUGCCACCUGUGGAGGUUUUAAGGGCAAAACAGAAAUUCAAGUGAGUUGUGAACAUUCCAAUAAAACUAAUAUUACAGCUGCUUUUGGUUAUCCAUUCAGGUUGAAUCAGGCAUCAUUUCAAUCACCUCCAAAUGUAAAUGUGUGUGAUGUAAAUUGGAACAGUCAUGUCCUCAUAGGAGAUUACUCUUCGUCUGCACAAUUCUAUGUUACAUUUGCAGUCUUUGUAUUCUUGUACUGCAUCGCUGCCCUUCUGCUUUAUGUUGGUUACACCAACCUAUACCGGGAUAGCCGGAAACUCCCCAUGAUUGACUUUGUUGUUACUCUUGUGGCCACUUUUUUGUGGUUGGUGAGUGCUUCAGCCUGGGCUAAAGCUCUUACAGAUAUUAAAGUAGCCACCGGACCCAGUAUUAUUCAGGAACUUGUGCCUUGUAAUAAGCUACAUCUGAAGUGUUUCUUCGGCUCUGUGACUAGUAUGGGAUCCCUAAAUGUAUCUGUGAUCUUUGGCUUUCUGAAUAUGAUACUUUGGGGAGGAAAUGCUUGGUUUGUGUACAAGGAGACCAGCUUACACAGUCCAUCAAAUACUUCAGCUUCCCAUGGCCAAGGUGGCGUGCCGCCUCCUGCCGGGGUGUAGCUGAAGGAAGAAGCACUGUAUGAGUACAUGUCUAUACCACAACUCAUUGCCAGCAUCUUGAGAGGCAUUGUUUGUUUCUAAUAAAAGCAAUGGCUUUUUCAAUGAAUUGGUGGGUUUAAAAUUUUGCUGCUUUUUUACAUAAAACUUGUGCCUUUUGUAGAAAUUUAAGAUGUAAAUGUAUUCUUACAUGUAAAUUUGAAAAUUCAGGGGCCUAUUGUGAGAUGAUACACAUCUUUAAAUGAACAGUAAUUUCUUCACUAAGUUGUUUGCUUUCCAAAGUGUUUACACCUUAAGCCUUAAAAUUUAUCUUCAUACAGAAAAGUUAUAUUGUCAUCGUUAUAGGAAGAUGUUUGAAAUAAACACUACUGUAAGUUUGUAUAUGUACAGAUCAUAUACUUAAGACCUGUCUUUAAGAAAACCUUAAUUACAUAAAUCGUAUUUAGAAAAAAACAUUUAGUUCAAAUUUUAUAUCUGAACCUUGUUCAUGUUAUAAAAAAUUUUUAACUGCAAAGACCAGGUA